UUGACGAAAAGUGUAUAUGUUGCCAUUCACGUUAGGCGGGGAUAUACAACAGCAACUAAAGAAUAUCUCUCUGUGGUCGAAGACUGGAAGCAAUUAAAAUGCUCUCUUUUAGACACACGCUACAUAAAUUUCUUACCUUUGGCUUCGAGAGAAAUUCAUAUGGCAACACUUGCUUUUUGCAACCACACCAUAAUAACUACCACCACUUUUUCCUGGUGGAUUGGUUACCUUGCUGGCGGAGAGGUUUUGUAUUACAAAGACUGGCCUAAAAGAAAUAGUGUACUUGACAGAGAAGUAGUAAAAGAGGAUUAUUUUUUAUCUUCCUGGAUAGGACUCUCGUAA